GAGCACUGUGUUUUGCAAGCAGCUCUCUCUCCCUCCCUCCCUCACACAAGCAGAGGAAUCGGGAAGAGACAAGUGUGAUUGUGUCUCCGCCGAGUGCGUUCCCUACGAGGUUCUUGUCAGGAUUGAGCUAACGCGGGUUGCUCGGGUCUCAAUGGACAGACAGAGGCAAGAAAAACAUGCGCUAACGGGUCUGGAUGAGGAGGCAAUCGUUGACCACGGAAAGAGCAGCUUCACCAUUCAAACCAACUAUGAAAAGGACGACUUGGAAAGCCACAGAGCAGUGUACGUAGGCGUUCAUGUUCCUAUCGGAAGGGAGAACAAGCGGAGGCACCGUCACAGAGGACACAGGCACCACAGAAAGAGAAGGGAUAAAGACUCUGAUGACGGCAAAGAGGAUGACAGAGAAUCUCCCCCCUACGACACUCCGUCCCAGCGGGUUCAAUUCAUUCUGGGCACGGAAGAUGACGACUUGGAGCACGUCCCCCACGACCUCUUCACCGAGUUGGACGAGCUAUCCUUCCGAGCUGGCAGUGCCACAGAAUGGAGGGAAACUGCCAGGUGGCUUAAGUUUGAAGAGGAUGUGGAAGACGGAGGAGAAAGAUGGAGCAAGCCUUACGUGGCCACUUUGUCACUGCACAGUUUAUUUGAACUGCGUAGCUGCAUCCUCAACGGCACAGUCAUGCUGGAUAUGAGGGCCAACAGUAUCGAGGAAAUUGCAGACAUGGUGAUCGAUAGCAUGGUGGCGUCGGGCCAGCUCAAGGAGGACCUGCGGGCCAAGGUGCGUGAGGCUAUGCUGAAGAAGCACCACCAUCAGAACGAGAGAAAGCUCAGUAACCGCAUCCCUUUGGUGCGCUCCAUCGCUGACAUAGGCAAGAAACAUUCUGACCCGUUCUUGCUCGAACGAAACGGAGAGGGCCUUUCCUCUUCGCGUCUGUCCCUCCACAAGCCAGGAGCUGGCUCUUCUGCCUCCAACCUGCCGCAGAGACGAGAGUCCCGAAUUUCCGUCCUACUCAACCACCUCCUCCCGUCCUCUUCCUCCAACACGGGGCCCCGCCCCCCGGGCACCCCUCAAAGUACCCCCGCGUCCUUUCGCCGUGCCUCCCCGAGCCCCCCGCGCAACUUUGGCCCUGGUAGCAUCCCAGAAGUGGUGGUAUCUCCGCCCAAGGAUGACGAGCCGCCAAAGUGGGCAGAGGAAGAGGCGGCGGCGGCGGCGCCAUUGCCCCAGUUGAGCCGGCAAUCUUCCUGUGCGUCCCAGGGAUCCGAGCAGCUGCCCUUAGAAGGACCACUUGUUCAUCCCCACUCGGUCCCCAACUACCUGGACAGCGAGAAAGCGGUGGAGAGGCGGCCUUCCAAAGUAGGGGUGGAUAUGAAUUUCAUGAAGAAGAUUCCUCCUGGUGCUGAAGCCUCCAAUGUUUUGGUGGGAGAAGUUGAUUUCUUGGAGAAACCUAUCAUCGCCUUUGUUCGGCUCUCCCCUGCGGUUCUUAUCACCGGCCUCACCGAGGUUCCCGUGCCCACGAGGUUUCUCUUCCUGCUUUUGGGUCCUCACGGAAAGGGUCCUCAGUACCAUGAAAUCGGAAGAUCUAUGGCCACGCUGAUGACAGACGAGAUCUUCCACGAUGUGGCGUACAAGGCCAAAGACCGUACGGAUAUCCUGUCUGGGAUUGAUGAGUUUCUUGAUCAAGUGACGGUCCUCCCUCCUGGAGAGUGGGAUCCCACCAUCCGAAUUGAACCCCCGAAAAAUGUCCCAUCCCAGCUCAAGAGGAAGAGGCCAUCCCAUCCAAACGGCACCGCGUCCCCAGCGGGAGAACUGGAAAAGGAAGAGGACCACCACGUGGGACCGGAGCUGCAGAGGACCGGAAGGAUAUUCGGUGGUCUGAUACUGGACAUCAAGCGGAAGGCCCCGUUUUACUGGAGUGACGUCCGAGACUCGUUCAGCUUGCAGUGUCUGGCCUCCGUUCUCUUCCUCUAUUGUGCCUGCAUGUCUCCCGUCAUUACUUUUGGAGGUCUGCUCGGAGAGGCCACCAAAGGCAACAUUAGUGCCAUCGAGUCUCUUUUUGGGGCAUCCAUGACUGGAGUAGCUUAUUCCCUCUUUUCUGGCCAACCCCUAACCAUUCUCGGCAGCACAGGACCUGUUUUAGUAUUUGAGAAGAUCCUCUUUAAGUUCUGCGUCGAUUACGGACUGUCCUACCUGUCGUUACGAACGAGUAUUGGUCUGUGGACAGCUUUCCUAUGUUUGGUCCUGGUUGCCACGGAUGCCAGCUCCCUGGUCUGCUACAUCACCCGCUUCACAGAGGAAGCCUUUGCAGCCCUCAUCUGCAUCAUCUUCAUCUACGAAGCUCUCGAGAAGCUAUUCCACCUGGGAGAACAUUAUCCCGUCAACAGCCACAACAUCUUGGAAAACCUCACGUCGUAUUCGUGUCAGUGCUCUCCGCCAGCUAAUGCCUCAGCUCAGCUCCUGAAGAAAUGGAAUCAGACUGGAUACAGUCCAGACUCCGUACCCUGGAGUAGCCUCAAUGUUUCGAUGUGUAAAAUGCUCAACGGGGAGUUUGUGGGCACAGCCUGCGGCAGCCACGGGCCGUACAUCCCCGAUGUUCUCUUCUGGUCCAUCAUCCUCUUCUUCACCACAUUCUUCCUCUCCGCCUUCCUCAAGCAGUUCAAAACGGAGCGAUACUUCCCCACCAAGGUGCGAUCCACAAUUAGUGACUUUGCGGUGUUCAUAACUAUCAUGGUCAUGGUGUUGGUGGACUAUUUAAUGGGGAUCCCUUCCCCGAAGCUGAACGUCCCUGAUCGUUUUGAGCCUACUUCAAAGAACAGAGGCUGGCUGAUGGAUCCAUUAGGAGACAACCCCUGGUGGACGCUGUUGGUGGCAGCGCUUCCUGCCCUGCUGUGCACAAUCCUCAUUUUUAUGGAUCAACAGAUCACAGCGGUCAUUAUUAACCGCAAAGAGCACAAGCUCAAGAAAGGCUGCGGCUAUCACCUGGACUUGCUGGUGGUGGCGGUCAUGCUGGGCCUGUGCUCCAUUAUGGGCCUGCCCUGGUUCGUGGCGGCCACCGUCCUCUCCAUCUCGCACGUGAACAGCCUCAAGGUGGAAUCGGGCUGCUCGGCUCCCGGAGAGCAGCCAAAGUUUCUCGGUAUCCGGGAGCAGCGGGUCACCGGAUUCAUGAUCUUUGUCCUCAUGGGCUGUUCGGUUUUCAUGACAUCUGCGCUCAAGUUCAUCCCUAUGCCAGUGCUGUAUGGAGUCUUCCUCUACAUGGGUGCCUCCUCUCUCAAAGGCAUCCAAUUCUUUGACAGAAUCAAGCUGUUUGGCAUGCCCGCCAAGCACCAGCCCGAUCUUAUUUACUUGCGUUACGUGCCGCUGUGGAAGGUCCAUAUCUUCACCCUGGUGCAGCUCACCUGCCUGGUACUGCUUUGGAUCAUCAAGGCCUCUGCUGCAGCGGUGGUCUUCCCCAUGAUGGUUCUUGCGCUGGUCUUUAUCCGAAAGCUUCUCGACUUCUUCUUCACCGAGCGAGAGUUGAGCUGGCUCGACGACUUGAUGCCAGAGAGCAAGAAGAAAAAAGAGGAUGACAAGAAAAAGAAAGCACGCGCAAAGCUGGAAGCGGAGUCUCGAUUGCAGAAGGAAGAGCAACUGGGGCUGCAGGUCAGCUACGAAGGCUCCAAUCUGCUAAACAUCCCAGAAAAGUCCCUCUCGGGAAGAUCGUACAGAAUAGGAGUAGUCGCCGACCACAGGCUCCCACAGGAAGAAGAGCCGGGAGAAGGCGGCCUGCGUUAGAGUGGACGUCAGCCCGGACACACCGGGAGAGAGUUCCACCGCAGAGACCUUCCUGUGAUAGCCACACAGCUGACAUACUGUACACGCAGCAGGUGAGCUCCACUUGGGCGCUAAGUUGCCGAGGGUGUUUGGCGCCAUUUUGGUUUUGACCAUUUGCACCUCUGAUGCCAAAGGAAUGGGCCUCACUAGUGACUGAGUUUCAUUUCCGUUUUAUGAUGUCUCUUUCCAUACUGUAUAGCGUUCACAGUGAGUGAGUGAGUGAGUGAGUAGCCCAGCGCAGUGUUUGAAGGUCAUAUUAAGAGCGCACCAGCACCAUUCAAUGAAGGCCAUUCAGGAAAUAUCCGUGCCGGUGAAUAAUGUCUCCUAACUGAUGUGUCAAAAACCAAAACCCGGGAAGGAAUUAGAGAGAAGUCGACACCACAUCAUUGCAGGUCAAACAAUCAUCUUUUCUCAUGCUGCUUAAUUGUCAUCCGAAACGUCUUUUUGUAUCUAAAUGUAGUAGGUUAAAUAUGAAUGCAGGUAUCCAGUAUCUACUGUGAUCGAUCUUUUCAUUUGUAAUAUGUCAAAGUUACUUCAGAGGCCAUAUGAAGUCUGUACUGUACAGUAAGCACUUUGCCAGCAUCCUUUUCUUACCCAUUAUGAAUUCUAGUGUACUAUUAUAUGAUUUUUUUUUCAACGUUGCUUCUUCUCCCGACUAUUUGUUUUACGGCAAUUUUGAUUGUCAGGAAUUUUGUGGAAUUUUUGGUCGCACAAUUUCAAUGGUUUUGUUUUGUUACCCCCGAAUCGGUCCCACAACAGUUUGAAUCCGUGAUUUUAUUUAUGAAUGUUUGGAAUGCAAACGGCUAACAUCACAGCAUCUCUUGAUCUUUGCACAACUGGAUGAUUAUCAUUUCAUCGAUACGAUUAGAUGCUAAUAAUAAUAAUAAAGGAUCUGCCCAAGUACAGUGGAACACAUUCGAUUGAAAAUAAAAGACACUUACUAUUCAAGUAUUCCUUAGUGCCUGUUCUCACUCUCAUUGCGAAUAAAUGGGAGACGAUCGUAGAACAUCACUUUGAGGUAGCCUUCCAAAACAGAAGCACACGUGCCAUGAAUCUCAACUGACAGCGACCGAUAUCCUCACUUUCAUACGUUGUUCACUGCCACGUCACUCAACGGACCAGACAAAUGGCGAAAAUAGGAUUUUGGUUUACAACCUUGGGUGUUCCACUGUACUUUGCGCCAGUCCCCGUUGUGUUUCGAUGACGCCGACGACACGCACACACCCGGCCGGCCGGCAUACUCCUGCACACAAAACACCAGCCAAAUGUUGUUGUUGUUGUUGGGGGUAAAAAGAAUCCAAGUGGCCCCAGUUAGUUGCACCUAUUUUUUUAUACCGUCUAUUACUUUUAUUGUGUGUGUGUGUGGUGGACAAAAAAUGUUUUUAUUGUCCUGAUGCUAAACAUUUUAUGCAACGCAUAUAUUUCUACUGUAAAUGUGACAUUUGUAAUAUUCUACAAAGCCGAUCUAAUUUUGGCAAAGUGCAGUCUUGUUUUAGCAAUAAAUGCUCCAUAGGAAUGGAUCAUCCGUGACACUAGCUAAAUAUCCAGGGAAGGAAUCAUUAUCGCUCUAUCUGUGUCUAGCUGUAGUGACUAUGUGCCUUGUCAGAGCUCUUUAUGUGCAAGUGUCGUACUUCCAAUUAUUAAGUGGUCAGAUACAUGUACGCGGUGGCGGCGGCGGCGGCGGCAUCCAAUUAAUGAAUGCCAAAGACAAAGCGGCGUCAGUUUAGAGUGGACCAGUGCACUAUUUAUUGACUGGUGUGUACUAGUUGGCCCAUGUCUGUAUUCAAGUUGUAGCCAGCCUCCGGCUGCAGACUCCACUUGUGGACUUAUUAUCUUCCAUUUACAAACUGAAUUGCUGUUUGUAAGUGUAUUCUGUUAUGUCUUGAAUGUUAGAUGGAAUGAGUAAUGCGAGGAGGAUCUUGGGACUAAGUUGGCUCGUGCCACACGGCUUUUAAACUGGAAGUGAACUCUGACCAAUGGGGUCAUGUCAUGCAAAACAACCGCUGUUGAGUCCAAAAAAAGACAAACGUUCUGGUUAGCAAGACUGAUGACUUACUGUAUGUCGCAGUGGAAAGCAAUAAACAUCAAAAGUAUCAACUGA